AUGACCUCGCGGACCCCCAUGAGCGCCCAUCCGCGGCCGCCUCAACGUUCCGUGAGCUCAUCGUCGUUGCCCAUCCAGCGCCCGCCUCCGCAGCGAACAUUAUCCCAUCAACAACAGUUUAUGCCCGCCUCACCAGUUCGAAAAGAUUCAUCGUUCAUCGAUCUUACCGCCGACGCUGGCGAUGCUACUCCUAACCGUUACAACACAACACCGAGAAGGGGCGGCUCACGUCUCCGGCUUGAAUUGUCCCAUAAUGCUUCAGCCAGCUCAUUUCCUGCAUCUGAAUCGCCGCAAUCUCUAACUCCCUCACGAAUACCCACCAAUUCCGAUCCUUUCCAGUCGAUGGUUGGAAGCCCAGCUCCCAUUAAUAGCGCCAGUUCGACUUCGAUGCCAAUGCCAACGCGCCGACCAGUAACCUCGCAACUAAAAUCCGCUCCUCCUACCACAACGACGACUGCGCCUACGCCAGUCAAGAAAGACGCCCGACUAAAGCCAUACACGGUCGAAAUUCCCUCCGCCGCACCAAGAUACUUCGCGGCAAACCGACCCGAAACUACUUCUCGGAACCCUGUUGAUCCCUUUAGCAAAGGCCUUAACUCUGGAUACGCCGACUUCUUCCCUUGGAAUGGGGCGCACUAUGAAGACGAAUGGAGCAGCGAAGCCAUCACAAAGGGCACAUGGGACAAGGUGAACUUGAAUGUUCCCGAGACUUCGUCUGCCAAGCUUGCCAUCUUCCCAGCCUUAAAACAAAAGACUGGCCUGAAUGCUCUUUCUACGAUAUUUAUGGGUGUUCUGACUCAGCGUAGACAUCGAGGCCAGAUCAAUGCCCCGUCAACUUUUAAGCCACCACCGCGAGUCACGCUUACCGACACAAAACGAGAAGUUUGGCUCAAGGACCUUGCCAACCCCGCUAUAUCUCUGCGACGUCUUAGCCGAACAAUUCCCCAUGGUAUUCGUGGCAGAACUCUGCUCGACCAGUGUUUGAACAAGAACGUUCCCGCCGAGCGAGCUGUAUGGCUCGCAAAGUGUGUUGGUGCCAAUGAGAUCAGAGGGCUGAAGAGAAAAGGUGUCAACGGGGCUUUUGUCAUGGGUGGCGAGUUGAAGUGGGCUCGCGACUGGACUGUUUUUGUCGAGCAGUUCGUUGAUGCCGUUGUUGCUGGAUUUGGCGAGAAGGACUGGAAAACCAGAGUUACGUAUGCCAUUCGUUUAGCCACAAACCUUUACGCUGAACAGUUACUGGAUCGAGACCAUUAUCUUGAUUGGGUCGUUUCUGGUAUCGAGAAUAGUCUCCAAUCAAGAAUCCCAAUGUGGUUGCUCAUAGCUCAGAUAUAUUGGAAAGAUCUUCUUAAGUUUCGCAAGUAUGGCAGGAGGCUUGUUUUUGCCUUACUUAGCCACUUGCACGUAACAUACAACGACCCUGAUCAGGAUCUGCUUGUGCAACUCUCUAGUAGACUGUCGACUUUACUCGGCUCCUUAGUUCUGUCUAAUCCGGAGAGUUUUAUCAAUCCUGGCGCUUGGCCACGAUACAAAGAUACGCUUCAGGCUUCCUUGCGUACCGACCAUGAGCCAACACAGAAAGCCAUACAUACAAUCAACUACCGGAACUCCCGACUGGUCGUAUCCAGCACCGCUUCCCCACCUGCUGGUAGAAGUCAGCUUGUCAAGUUGCUUGAUGCUGCUCUCAAGGAAUCCAGUGAUGGUCACCUAGCGCCAGCAUGUUGGGCGACGAGUGAAAACAAGCCUCUGAUCAUGAAGACAGUCGUUGAAUGGGCCACUUCUUUCCACCGUCCUGGCUUGGCAAAAGUCUAUGCUGCUUCCCAAUUAAUUCGUCAAUGGAGCCAGUUUCGUGUGGAUCCCACAACACCGAUACUCGAGACCCUCGACAGCAUUGCCAUCGAAGAUAAGGCACGGAAGAAUCUUGUUUAUCAUUUAGUCACUGAAUUGGUCCGAACCGGUCAUUUCUCUGUCUCUCAGUACAUGCAAUGGACUAUUGCACGUGGAGGCUACCACAGCGGAGUGGAGAUUGACGCCGAAUCAGGCCCAUGUUCCAGCAGAUUGCUGGUUGAGUUACCACUUCAUGCUUUGUCCGAAAAGAAGAGGGCGGAGAGAGGAAAUCUGCUUCGACGAGCCGGGAACUACUCGAUUGUCGAGGAAGAGCAAGAUAUCGCCAACGCGAUCAAGUAUGUCAGGCACACCGUGGGACUUCCUUUACCGCCAGGUGAUCCAUUAUCAGAGCGAAAACCUAUUUCCCUCAAAAAGCUUCUUCCAAGAAUAGGUAGCAGCAGCAGCGCCCUAAGGAGCAGUAUUGGUGCACAUCUACGUGAUGUGCUAACCGGGCAGCUGAACUAUAAGAGCCAGCCCUCUCUGCCUUUAACUAUGUACAACUCGGUUCGCGCUAUUAUGGAAACAGCUGAAGAUUACUCCAUGUUGUCAGAUAUCCUUGGUGCUUGCGCAAAGACCGCCGAUUACGAUGUGUUAGCAUCUGUUGCCGACACUGUUCACUCAAAUUUGCAAAUCUUCUCGGCUUUGGGCAGUGCGAACGAUCUGUUCAGUAUUCUGAUCGAACGCCUCAAGUCGAUGAAUGACGAGCAAGGAAUUGUGCCGCGACCAUUUUUGGCCGCCCUUUCAAGUCUCGCCCAGCGAAUGACCGGCCACGAAGUCAUUGCUUCACAUCUACGACAGGAGUUGCUUCAAAGCGACCGCAGUAAUGCGAUCGAUGCUUGUUCCCCAGUAUCUGAUAUUGUGGCAGCCCCUGCUCAGCAUGCUGAGAAUGAGUUGGCGGAGGACAUCGAGAAACAGCUAUCGAGUGGAACGCGGCUAGAUCCUCCAACCAUGAACAAAUUGUUCAGGAGAAUCAUUCCUGCCCUUGAGCGAGGCUGGGAGAAAACUGACGAUACAAGACGAGUAUUCGCGACACUGCUUACCAGGAUACGGGUUUUCGAUGCACACCAUUUCGAUAAACUCAUGACAGACUGGACAAGCCACGUCCGUUCUCUGCCAAAUCGCUCUCCUCUUGUUGGCCUAUUUCCACUUCUUGUCAGUACAGGUUGUCUCACUAUGCCCAUUCUUAUGAGUACUGCGAGCCCGCCAUCCGCGAGUUUUCAGAACCUGCCUUCAGACCCAAUGGAGAACAAGUUUAGCCCAGCGACAUAUUUGCAAGAACUUCUGCAGUUAGUCAUCAUGCCUUUGCCUACAGGAACGGGACUCUCGACCGAGGAAAGCUACAGGUUUCAUACCGAACAAAAGUGCGCCAAAUUUGAGCAAUCAAAGGGUCUUCUGAACCUGGUGCGUAAUGCCCUGUUGGAAUACUCCGCCCUGCGGCAUUACGCAAACGGUCUCGAAUUCCCACUCGACAACUCUGUGUGCCAGGAAAGCCUCCUUGAGACUUUACGAACUCUUGUGCUAGUUGACUCGUCCGCCGUCUCGAAUGCUUUGGGCAUCAAGUCCCUGCCAGCCGAAGCCGUUGGUCUUGUGCGCAAGGUGACGACCAAGCUCUUAAUCCCUGGCGAUUCUGGUGACACUCAGAUCUCAUUCGACCGUAUCUUGCAAAUCGCCAAUGAGUUGACCCUACCAUUCUGUCAACUCAAGCUGAAUUUGGACUUGUCUUUGCCGCAGCCCAACGCAAGUGAGGGGCAAUUUGAGAUCUUUGCUAAGGCUAUGGACCGAGCCAUUGAGGCGGGCAAUAUCAUGUGGACCAGCCUACUACCUUGCUUGAGCGACGAUAUCACUCAGCACCUCAAAAGCCAGGCUCAAUCUGUAUUCCUCGACCUGAUUCCAUCGUCCAAGACGUCCGAAAUUGCCGACACUGGAUCGAGACAGUCGCUACGCAUGGCCGAGAAUCUAUUGGAAGUAGUCGAAGCCAUUAUUUCAGGCCAACCGCCCCCAAAGAUGGCACAGUUAUCUUCGGGCAUGGUCGAGAAGCUGACAGACCUAUGGGAAAUCAUCGCCGCAGGGCCUCAGGAACGCCCAAGCUGCCACACCGCUGUACUGCAGCACUGGCUGCCUGCCAUGCUUCGCUUUGUUACCCUCCACAGCUUAUCGUCCGAGCCCCCUUCAGCACCGCUUCCGACUGCAUCGGCAACACGACCUCCUAUCCCACCUGUGCAUGAUACUCGUGCUCGCAUUGUUCUUGUCCUUUGCGGCUUACUGCUCGAGCUUGAAACUCUUCCACCCGCUACUGUGGGCUCGCUACCCCAACAGGUCUUUGACAUUGCUAUUCUGCUUGUGGAUGCGCUUCCCGAAGAUCUGAGAGCCAAUUGUGCCAAGACCAUCUUGCUCACCUCUGGCGGACUGCCGAACCAGGGCACCUCAUCCGAUCCUCGACUCUACUAUCUCUUCAGCUCGCCACCGCCGUCGGUUUCAGAUAAUCUCAUGCUCUCACAUCGUGAGAAAGCCGCAACCCCACAAGGAGCCGUCGCUCGUGGUAUGGGUGCACAAUACGGCAUCGGACCAGCCGUUCAGGAACGCCUCAGUCCCUUCAUUCUCCGGCGCUGGGAGGUGCUUAGUGAGCCAACUCCUAACGUCGGCGAAAACGAUACCAGUCUGAGCCUGGGUCUUUUUGAAGCCAUUAAACUUCAGUAA